GAUGAGGAGUUGAUUUGUGUCUAAACACAUCCUUUUCUGAUCUGUUGUGUUGAAAAAGUUGAAAGAUCUCUGAAUAUACACUUACCAAUAUAUACAUUUACUUUCCUUUUUCAGGGUUCUGUUUAGCUUGAGGUACAGAUCUCCAAUCUCUUCACUUUCUCUACCUUCAAAUCUUGUGUGUAUAAAUAUUUGGAUUUAUUUGUGUAUAUUUCAUGUUUGUUUAUAUGCCAAGCUCAAGUUAAAGUUCUCCAUUUCUUGUUCUCUGUUAGAUUUCUAUUUUUUGUCCCUCUUUUCCUUGGGUUUUAGACAUAAAUAAGAAACUAUAGACAAACGUUUCCAAAGAUAUGGAUCACCUUUAAGAAUUUGCAAUUCUUGGGUUGAAUUAGGUGCAUGCAUGAUGGUCAUUAGCUAAUAAAAGAAUGCUGAUUAAAGUUUAAAGGAUAUUUUCUGCGGCUUUUUUCACUCAUGUCCAAGCCAUAGAAGAGACUACCACGCUUUGUAUUUACUUGGAUUUUAGAUUCCACUAAUGCUUUUGAUGUCUAAUUUUUUUAUUCACCUAGUGAAUCUUUAACUUCUCCUGUAGCCUUAGUACUUGUUGAGAAUGGUACUUUUUUUAAAUUGAAUAUUGCAUUCUCUUGGGUGCUUAAUUUUUUAUUCACUUGGUAAAUCUGUUAAAUGUGUGUUGUAGCACUAGCACUAAGUGGUAAUUUUUUUAAAUUGAAUAUUUCUUUCUCUUGGGUGCUUAAUUUUUUAUUCACUUGGUACAUCUGUUAAAUGUGUGUUGUAGCACUAGCAUCAUUGAGUGGUAAUUUUUUAAAUUUAAGGUUGCUUGCUCCCUUGAUUUGCACACACAGUUUUUUAUAGCAAUGCUAGGUUUGACUGUUCUUAAAAUAUUUGUGACGUGUAUUCAGUUUCUUGGUCUAUAUUUCGGAAAAACUUUUAUAUAAUAAUUUCACGUUUGAUUGAUCCUUAACUUGCCCUCUGUACAUGUUCAUGGGCUUUUCAAUGCUUUACUUUCCCCUCUCUAUACGGGUUCCACGGUAAUCCAUUCUAUUUCAUGUUCAUAGUUGUUUCACAAAGUUGGCUUUCAAUUUCAAACUUAGGUUGCUUGUUUAUGCUAAAACAGUCCUGCCUUUUAUUUGAAGUUCUGUUCUGUUGCAGCACUUUUGAUUCUUAUGGAUCAGUUUUAUUUAUUAAAGGUUGAGUUCAUUCCAAAAUUUAGUGUGAGGGCAAUCUGGCAGAGAUGGCGUGAAUCAUAUCCGAAAGAUGGGACUAAGGCGGAUGAUGCUAUAAUUGUGUUUCCGGGAGUUCCAACUAUGUAUCCUCGAUUGAUACAAGGUUAUGAAGCAAUGGAUCCAGAAUUACAAGAGGCUUAUGCCUCAGCUGCGAGCAAGUUGCGUCUCGUGAUGUGUGGCUCCUCUACACUCCCUUAUCCUGUCAUGCAACAGUGGGAAACCAUAACUAAACAUCGCCUUUUAGAACGAUAUGGUAUGACUGAGUUUGUGAUGGCAAUUUCUAUUCCCUUGAGAGGCAUAAGGAAAGGAGGCACUGUUGGCAAACCAGUUCCAAGUGUGCAGGGUUUGCAGAAACAGGACACCUUUUGAUCUUCAAAUAAAUCUGUGUAAACUAUGUAGAUGAGUUUGUAUGAAGAUCUUGUAGCAGCUUGGGUACCUGCGAAACAUGAAUGGCUGUGGCUAUGCCCUUUAGGUCAAGAACUUGUCAAUAGAUUGGGACGGCAAAAGAUGUUCAACUAUUGUGCC